GCGCUUAGUGACAACCAAUUGCACAAUUAAGUCUGAUUUUUUCCAACUCCCUUUUAUUUCAACUGUUUUGGAGGCCCAUAGUAUGUAAAUGUAAAAGAUGGCUGAGGUAUUUUCCAGUUCUUUUCCUAUAUCUACUUAGGAUGCAGCAAAGGCACAAACUCAAAUGCAGGAAACUGAGUGUCUGUACAUAGCAAUGCUGUAUCAGCAUUGGAUCUGAAUACUCCAAAUGCAGAAAUGAUUUGGCAGCUAGCAUCUUAUUGGUCACCCCUGGUUACACCCCUGAUUUUUGGUCUGCUGCUGCAGCCACCACUCACACAGCUUUCCAUCAUCACACAGCCAAACAUUGUCCUGUUGAUGGCUGAUGAUCUUGGCAUAGGGGAUGUAGGUUGCUAUGGGAAUGAUACUAUCAGGACCCCGAACAUUGAUCGCCUGGCAAAGGAAGGAGUGAAAUUGACCCAACACAUUGCUGCAGCUCCUCUCUGCACCCCCAGCAGAGCAGCUUUCCUCACCGGCAGAUACCCACUCCGAUCAGGGAUGGAUGCUGUAAACAAUUACCGUGUUAUUUUUUGGAAUGCCGGCUCAGGAGGCCUUCCUCCAAAUGAAACCACUUUUGCCAAAAUACUGCAGCAGCAAGGCUACAGCACAGGACUGAUAGGGAAGUGGCAUCAAGGUGUUAACUGUGAAUCCCGCAACGACCAUUGCCAUCACCCUUUAAAUCAUGGAUUUGACUAUUUUUAUGGGAUGCCUUUUACGCUAAUAAGUGACUGUCAACCAACAGAAACACCAGAGAUGGACAGAGCCUUUAGAAGGAAACUCUGGCUUUCUACUCAAAUGAUUGGCCUCAUUGCACUCACCGCUGCCCUGGGAAGACUGACUGGCUUGAUUCCAGUCCGCUGGAAAACACUGACCUGCCUCGCUGGUUUUUUUCUCCUGUUCUUUGUAUCCUGGUUCUCAAGUUAUGGGUUUGUUCGAUACUGGAACUGCAUCAUGAUGAGAAACCAUGAAGUUACUGAGCAGCCAAUGGUGACAGACAGAACUACAUCCCUUAUCUUGAGUGAAUCCAUUUCAUUCAUUGAAAGAAAUAAGCACAAGCCAUUCCUCCUCUUUCUUUCCUUUUUACAUUCCCACACCCCUCUCCUCACCACAGAGAAGUUUCUUCGGAGGAGCAGACAUGGUUUAUAUGGUGACAAUGUAGAGGAGAUGGACUGGAUGGUGGGUCAGGUUCUAGAUGCUAUUGACAAGGAAGGCUUGAAAGAUACUACUCUAGUUUACUUUGCCUCUGAUCAUGGUGGAUGGCUGGAAAGACAAGAAGACAAAAGGCAGCUGGGUGGCUGGAAUGGAAUAUACAAAGGUGGAAAAGCUAUGGGAGGCUGGGAAGGAGGAAUUCGUGUUCCAGGGAUAUUUAGAUGGCCAGGAGUGUUACCUGCAGGCACAGUUAUUGAUGAACCUACAAGCCUUAUGGAUAUUUAUCCUACAGUAGUUCAUCUGGCUGGAGCGGAAGUGCCUCAGGACAGGAUAAUUGAUGGCCGGGAUCUGAUGCCUUUACUGCGAGGAACGGUUGCGCACUCAGAGCACGAGUUCCUGUUCCACUACUGUGGCAUUCAUUUACAUGCUGCGAGGUGGCACCAGAAAGACAGUGGAGCCAUUUGGAAGGCUCACUAUGUGACCCCUAUCUUCAGUCCCCCUGGAGCUGGGGCUUGUUAUGAUAGAGGAUUUUGCCCAUGUUUUGGGGAAGGCGUGACCCAUCAUGAUCCUCCACUGCUAUUCGAUCUCUCACGAGAUCCUUCUGAAGCCAAACCUCUCUCAGCUGACACUGAGCCCCUCUUUGACACUGUCAUAAGGAAGAUGGGAAGAGCCAUCGAAGAGCAUCGCAGGACACUGACUCCAGUCCCGGAGCAGCUCUCUGUGUACAACGUGGUGUGGAAGCCGUGGCUGCAGCCGUGCUGUGGGACAUUCCCAUUCUGCUGGUGUGAUAAGGAAGGUGACAGUAAACUUGCUGACCUAUAAAGGAUAGAAACAGAUACUUCCUCAGGAAUGUAUUUAGAUUAAGAGUGUUUUCUUUGGGGGUGUUAAUAAAUGGGUCAUUUGUUUCUCUAAAUGGAGCCUUUAUAUAAGAACUGUUCCAGUGAAUGUCACAGUAUUUAGUAAAGGUGACUAUAGGCUGGGCACUCUCAGGGAGGGAUUAAGACAGAAUGCUCUGAAGACUAUGUUUUAACUUGCAUCAGAUGACAACUAAAUGAAUAGUUCAAAUGCACUGAAGCAGGUCAAGAUUAGAGCUGUACAAGUAAUGAUACAACUUAUGUUUUGAUGAUAACGAAUGUACACUCAGAAGCUCUGAUUUUGGUUUUUUGUGCAGAAUUUUUAAGUGAUUCCUGGACUGAGGUCCUCCUUAACUUUUUUAUCCUUACAGGUGAUGCAUAAGAUGCCCCUAUAAUAAAUUUUUGCAGAGUAUUGCUUCCAAAAUAAUUAAAAAAUAAUUUUGUCCAGAAACAUGACAAGCUGGGUAGCAGCUGUCUGCACUCUCUGAGAAGGAUGGGACUCCUCUGAUUGUAGUCAGCCUCUUUUGAUGGAGAACACAACAGGG